UUUUCACCCAGAGAUGUUAAUUAUACCUAUUUUCUCUGCAUCCACUACCAUUCAACCCGGACCCCAACAAUGAGUGUCACAACGUUUCUGCGCGGCUUCAAGGUCCCGCUCCCUGUACUUAACGCCUUCCUGCUUGCCAACGGUGUUAACGAAUCUAAGAUGAUAUGUUUUGGCAUCCCACCCCUUUACCACAAGCCCGACCAGGUCACUACGCUCCUGCGCAAUAAGCUUGGUAACGGAGGCACCAAGACACGCGUCUUUGUCCCCUCACGUGCCAGCUUCGACUUUGCAACCUCCGCCUAUAUUGCCUAUGACUGGACAGUAGUCCUUGUGCAGCGCAGGCUAGGCCCUAAGGACUUUAUAAACACCCCACCCCCUGGCUUCGAGGACCUGCGAAGGGAGAUCCUGUCGUAUGCUGACGGGGCCGAGUCCCUUGCCGAUGAUGAUCGAUACCAGAAUGCCGUCUAUAUCGUCAUUACUGACGGGCAGGGAUACAUCCCGCCUGAGUUUCGGCAGCAAUUAGGGAGCUACUUCUCAAUAGACUAA